AUGGACAACGAUAAUAUUGGUAUCCCUAUAAAAAAGACAACUCCAGAAUGUAGUCGAAAAAGAAUCCUGCAGCAUAAUAAACACAAAAGAGUAGUCGCUGCAAAAAAGAGAUAUUGGGCUACAGCUUUGCCUGAAAAACCAAGAUGUAUUCAUAAAACUCCAUUACUAAAAUGCACCUCCUUAACAAUAAAGGAACUGCAAUUUGUUCAUGUAAGAUUUUAUGAAAUUCCAUCGAAACUUAACCAAGAUGCUUUCAUUUUAAAAUGUUGCCACACUAAGCUACCGAAAAAAAUAAGAAGGCGAGUACAGAGAGAAGAGGGCAGCACAGUUUCUCAAAAACAGGUAUCAAUAGAUUAUGGAACGCCAAAAAAGGCGGCGAAUGGAUUAGAAUUUGUAGAAGCACAUUUAUGA